AGGAUACCGAUACCUGAUAGAUAAGAUUUGAUCCUUUCUAGGUUCAAUCGUCUUAAGAAAAUUUUAUAUCACUUUUUUUAAUUAUUUGAUAAUUGUUUACCUUUGUGGGAUAGUAAUUCUUAAAUUAACCAUGGACAUCUUACAUCAAGGAUAAAUACUGAGUAAGGAACUGGAUUAUAAUGAAAUUGGAUGCUCGCGGAAUAGUACAACCAGACUAUUUCAAGGGAAUCUCUAUCCAGGUACAAGAAACUACGGAAGAUAUUGUGCAAGAAUCCAGAGGAUCUUCAAGUUCUUUAAUGAUCAAGGAGUGCUGGUUAGAAUUUUUAAUGACAAGUUUAUUCUAAAACUGGAUUUUCCAUGACUUGUCUUAUUUGCAACAUUCAAAAUGCUCUUUCAAUACUCUUGCCAGACUUUGUGACUUCUUCAUUUGCUACCUUUUUCUGAAAAUGCCUAAAAUGGAUUGAUAUUUGUACUUAAUCAAUGUGGUUUGUUAAUUAGGUUACAGUUGUUCAAUUAUGAUGUCACCUUAUUUCCUGCCUAGUACUUCUUCCUUUUAUACUCAUUUUCUGGCGAAUACCCAAGAAUAACCUAAAAGUAUCUCAACUCAAGCUCAUUGUUGAUAAUAAACCCAAUCUUUGUAUUUCACCACCAUCUAACCGCCGUCACUGCUAUCUCCAUCAUCACCAAUGUAAUCAAUAUACGAUUGAUUUCCUUGUUUUAAUGUGAAUUUUCAACAAUGAUCGAUCACCGGACUUCUGUCAGCUACCUGUUCCAUCUCAUUAAUGUGAACAUAAUAGAAUAGUUAUUUUUUCACAAAUUUGAUUGAAAUGGAUAGUUUAUAGCCUUCAGGACCCAAAUUUGUACCAAUAAAUGGUGGAAAAAGAUACCUUCGUUUCUAUCUUGGCUAAAAUUUACAUUCGCUGUGGAUCAUCAUGGAAGAAACAGAAGCACAUGAGUUGGAAAGUGGAGUAAAUGAUGAAGGUUUUCAAAUAAGGAUUCUACCGAGUAAUUUAGCCCAACAGUUAUCUUCAUCAUCAUCCUCACUUCUUGUAGAACCUUCACUUCCUGGCGCCGUUGCAGAACCUUCUUCUGGUACUCAACAAAAGAUGAAUGGUCAUGAAAAUGAUGUGCCUAGAGAAAACGACUUUGAUAGACACCCUGAUCCAGACUCACAUUUUUUUGACGAUGGUGAGCGUCGUAUCGAUUUUGUCAUUGUUAACAAAUCAGCACAACUAUUUCGAGAACGAUUUGACAAGUAUCGGGAUUUAUUUGAAAAAAAUCUAAUCAAAGAAGGUCUACAGUUGGAGUCUUGCUCUGGACAUAGAGGUAACUCACUACUUCGCUUUACCAAAAUACACGCGCCCUGGGGUGUACUCUCUCGAUAUGCUGAGCUUUUGCACUUUAAAAUGCCAGUCAAGCCUGUUGAAGCUUGGAAAGACCGAUUUUUUGAGCAAUCAUCAAGGCAGGCAUUUAAACGACCUAUUCUUAGGGGAGAAAAAUUCACGGCAACAUAUCGACUAGAUAAAGAAUACAUGUUUGAUAUUCCCAGUGAUAAGAAAGAAAAUUUCUUUUCCCAAGCGCAGCGCUCGCGAAUCGUGGAUCAUAUUUUAAAAAGAGUCAGUUAUGGAGAUAGUUGCACUGAUGCUUCAUGUAUUGGCAUCGAUAAAUUGAUUGAAGAUGGUGCUUAUGAAGCUGCUUACCCAUUACACGAAGGUAAAUUGUCUCCUAGCCACAGUGAUCGAACCCGGAUGCAAUUAUAUACUAAUUGGGCUUCAUUAUGGCGUUUACUCGACCAGCAACCAUUAGAUGAUAUUUGUAAUUACAUGGGAGCAAAAUUUGCGAUGUAUUUUGCUUGGUUGGGUUUUUACACGACUUUGUUGAUUCCUGCAUCUAUUGCUGGUGUUGUUUGUUUCAUUUACAGCAUCGCCACUUAUCCAUAUGAUCCAGUAUCUAACAGCAUUUGCACAAAACUAUAUGAUGAUGUCGCGAUGUGUCCUCUUUGUUCUGACCAUGAUUGUGAUUAUUGGCUUCUUUCGUCCUCAUGUAUUGAUACCUUUUUCUCGUACCUUUUUGAUAACCCUUCAACUAUUUUCUUUGCCAUCUUUAUGUCCGUUUGGUCAUCGUUUUUCACACAAUUUUGGAAAAGAUAUUCAGUCAGUAUCACCUAUCAAUGGGAUAUUUCCAGUUUAGAUUAUUACGAUGAAAUUCCCCGUCCUGAGUACUUAAACAAAUUGGACAAAAAUGGAAAAAAGCGUCUCAAUUUCAUAACUAGAAUGUAUGAACCUUAUGUCUCUUUUUGGAAGAAACGUUUGCCAUAUAUGAUUCUCUCGGGUUCUCUGGUUCUAUUUUUCCUAUCAAUUUUAAUAGGUGUCGUAUUUGGCAUUAUUUUUUACCGAGUCUCCGUUAAAACUGCCCUCUCAGAGGACCUCGAUCCUAAAAUAGGAAAAUACUCGUCUUUAAUCAGCGCAUCAAGUGCUUCUUUCAUAAAUGUUAUUUUUAUCAUAAUUUUCAACUGGGUCCAUACCAAAGUGGCUUAUAAAUUAACUGAAAUGGAGCUACCUCGGACGCAAACUGAAUUUGACAAUAGCUUAACGCUUAAAUUAUACGUUCUAGAAUUUGUCAACUAUUACUCGUCGCUUUUUUACAUAGCAUUCAUAAAAGGACGUUUUGUCCGUCAUCCCGGUGACCUGUAUGAACCAGGACUUCUUAAUAAAGAGCAAUGUGGCCUCGGAGGAUGUUUCGUUGAGUUAACAAUUCAAUUGGCAUUCAUAAUGAUAGGAAAACAAGCAAUUUUUGCAUUACUUGAAAUGCUUCAACCUUGGUUUGAAAAGAAGAAGCUUGAAAAAAUUAUCAACUUUAAUCCAAAAGAUAUACUUCUUUUACCUCAAUGGGAAGCUGAUUACCCUCUUAACAAUUGGGAAGCAACUGCACUAUUUUACGAAUACCUGGAAAUGAUAAUCCAAUUCGGAAUGGUUACAAUAUUUGUUGUUGCUUUUCCUUUGGCCCCAUUAUUUGCCCUGAUUAACAAUGCUUUUGAAAUACGAUUGGAUGCACGAAAAUUUCUAUCUCAUUACAAAAGACCUGUUGCUGUCAGAAUAAAAGACAUUGGUGUUUGGUUUCACAUAAUUAAUGCUCUUGGAAAACUCUCUAUUCUCACAAGUGCACUAACCAUUGCCUUUACUUCAAGUCUAGUACCUAAAACAUAUUACUAUUUGAAAAAUGGAUCUCUUGAUGGUUUUAUAUCCUGGUCUAUCUCAUAUUAUGAGACUAAAAAUUUACCCCAGAAUCUCACCGAUUUCAUCAAGCAGAAUAACCUUUCUCUUAAUUCCUCAACAACAUGUGCCUACUCAGGUCUCCGUCAUCCUCCAGGAGGAAGUGAACAGUACAAACCAACAGAAGAAUUCUGGGAAAUCUUGGCCUACCGGUUAAUAUUUGUAGUUAUUUAUCAUAAUACAAUCCUGUUGUUCGAUACUCUACUUGACUGGAUAAUAGCUGAUGUUCCCAAAAAAUUGUACCGACGAAUACGACAAAAUACCUAUUUGACGAACGAGUUUAUUAUUGCCCAAGAAGCGAUAAAAACUGAAAAUGAUAACAAAAAAUCAUCAACAAUAUAAUAUUUUAGCCUGAAAACAUUAAAAUGUACGAAAAUGAAUGCUAAAAAAGCCUUUAAUAUGAUAAAUUAUCUCAAAAACUGUUGAAUCUUAAAAAACAAUCAUGACAUGUAAAUUUUAAUUGUUGUUACCAAUGUUAACGUCCAAAUAUUGAUAGAUAUUUAAUUUCAAUAAUAUUAGGUUGUCCGGCUCAGAGUGUCGGGACUUUGAAUGUGAAUAUUUUAUUGAUAAUCAAAUCAAUUAAAACAAUUCUUUUGAAAAUCAUAUAAAGAAGGAUGCAGAAUUUUUAUGACACAUGA